UGGUGAUAGUAGUAGUAGUAGAGAAAGAAGAGGUAGAAGGCGGAGGAAGUAAACACAGUAGAACUUUACUUCUAUUCUGCCGGUGAUACUUCUUUAUAGGAUAUCGGACAAAUUUCGCGCUUCAUAUAAUAACUAUUUGCAGACAUUUUCUCAGUAUGAUAUAGACAAAGAAUUCUGUGAUGGAAUCUUUCAGACAUUUAACUAUAUUGACAUGGAAGAACUUAACUUUACAUAAGAGAAAUUUAUUCCGAGCUGGUGUGGAAAUCAUCUGGCCGUUAUGCCUUUUUCUAAUACUUGUUGCUGUCAAGACGCGGCCAGAUCUCAUUAAACAAAAGGAAGAAUGUCAUUUUGAUGGUCGUGCAUUGCCUUCAGCUGGACUAUUACCUUUUGUUCAGACAUAUGUGUGUACAAUAAGCAAUAAUUGCCAUAAGAACAUUACUUCUGGAGAAUUACCUGGUAUCAUUGACAACUUUAAUCAGUCAACGUUAACCAAAAUUGUAAAGGAUGUGCAAAUUAUCAUAAAAAAUUCAAGUUACCAGGAAAUGUUUUUAAGAUCACUAGAAACCUACCGAAUUCUGGAAGGUUUGUAUCAUCUUCUUGAAGAUGGAAACGUUCAAGGUAGUCUUCAGGUCAGUAACUUUUUAAUUGAUCCUGGGAAAAUACAGCGUACAGUUCGUGAGCAGAGAAUUAACAUCACUCCUUCAGCUCUUGCAGAGUUACAGAAUGCAUCCAUUAAUCUCAUGGCUUUUGUUAAAAUGAUUUCUGACAGAGAAGAUAUUGGAACAGUUAAAUGGAUGAAUGAUGUCCAGAAUGUUUUGACCCAAAGGGCCGGCAUUCUACAAAAUCCAAGCAAUGUCCAGAUGAUUUAUAAUUCCAUUUGUAAUGGAAGCAUGUUAACAAACAUAUUAACUUUUCAAGAUCCUUCAGCUGCAAUUCAAGUUCAGAAAGAGUUAUGUCAGAACCUUACUCAAAAGCAGGCAUUAAUGUUAGUUAAAGAUUUUCAAGAUAAUUUCAGCUGGAUAUCUUUUAUUGAAGAAUUUGAGAAAUAUGCAAAGCAAAAUACUCAUCAGACCUUAGACUUGAAAGGUUUGGUGCGGAAUUUGGUCCUAAUUGAAGAUUUUUGGAAGAGUAUUCAGAAGAUGGAAUAUUUAGGAAAAGUUUUUACCAAUUGGAAUGACAUAAGUGAUCAAAUGAGGAAUUUUAAUCCACAGUCUUUUACAAAUGGUUCUGUUAAUUCUACUGCUAUUCUUAACAGCAUUAGUAACAUAUUCUGUGGUCGAAAUACUUCUGUAGAGUUUUCUGGCUACCAGCAGUCAAAAAUAGCACAAAGGUUGCAGGAUUACAGGAGCCGGCCAUCUGUGGAAAAGAAUUUAGAUGAACUGGAUGAUACAGUAUCUGAUUUCUAUAAAGAUGUUAUGAAAUCUCUUGAGGAUAAUCCCUUAGCUCGCUUUUUAUGGAAAAAUGUGAUAAAAUCUGUCAUGUUAGGGGUAAUACCCUAUGCUCCUGAUGCUCCCAUUGUCAAGAAGAUUAUAAAGAAGGCAAGUGAAGGCUUUGAGAAUAUAAGAAACAUUUUCAGUGAACUGGUUGAAAUUGCAAAUAAUCCUGAUAAUAUUAUUAAGAAUUUGCGGAACCUCAGUAAGAUACUGACUUUACUUUGCUCUACUGACAAUCAGCAAAUAAAUUCAUCUCCAUUCAUUCAAAGAGAUGUCAUUGAUUCUCUUCGUUUGUGCCAAAGUAACAUAACCAAAUUUUUUAUGAUGACAAAAGAAAAUACAGAAAAUAUUUCAAAGUAUACUUGGGAAAAAGCUCUGAACAAUACAUUUGAUCUUGUGAAGAUAUUGGACCAGUAUUCUCAGUAUUUCAAUUUUGAUAAAUUCAAGCCUUAUCCAACUGAAUCUGCCUUAGUCAAAGACAGUCUGCAGUUUGUUGAGAAUGAUACAUUGCUGGCUGCCUUAAUUUUUAACAUUGACCCUAAUUCAGAAACCUUACCUACUCAUGUUGAAUACAAAAUAAGGAUGGAUGCUGAUAAAGUUGAUAGCACACACAGGAUCAGAGAUAAGUGGUGGACACCUGGACCUCGCCCUCGACCCCUACCUGACCAAAAAUAUUUUACACAUGGUUUCAUAUUCUUGCAAGAUAUGAUUGACCAUGCUAUUAUUGGCCAACAAACUGGAGAAGAUGUCACCUCUGGAAUAUAUACACAACAGUUUCCUUAUCCUUGUUAUUUAGAAGACAAAUUUACCAAAACCAUUUCAAAAAGCCUUCCAUUAUUUAUGGUGCUAGCAUGGAUCCUUUCUGUUGCAAUGAUAGUAAAAAGUGUCGUUUAUGAGAAGGAAAAACGUUUGAAAGAAGUGAUGAAGAUUAUGGGUUUAAAGAACAACGUUUACUGGAUAGCCUGGUUUAUUGAUGCCUUCUUAAUCAUGAUGUUGUCGGUGACACUUCUAGUUAUAACAUUGAAGGGUGGUCAUGUGAUUGAACAUUCAGAUGCUGGCUUGCUCUUCUUAUUCAUGCUCUGCUUCUGUAUAUCGACCAUUUCACUAUGUUUCUUGAUCAGUGUGUUUUUCUCACGUGCCAACUUGGCUGCCGUAUGUGGAGGGUUUAUCUAUUACAUAAUUUACCUGCCAUACAACAUGUGUAUGCAAUGGGAAGAUUAUAUGAAUAUACAUUGGAAAAGAUUUGCUUGUCUUUCUUCCAAUGUUGCCUUUGGAUUUGGUUGUCACUAUAUCGCUCGGUUCGAAGAACAAGCAAUCGGAUUACAAUGGUCAAAUAUCAACAAUAGUUCUAUGCCAGAUGAUAAAUUUAACAUGCUUCAGGUUAUGUUCAUGAUGCUUCUGGAUGCUUUGAUAUACUUACUUCUCAGUUGGUACAUUGAAGCUGUAUACCCAGGAACAUAUGGUAUUCCUCGGAAAUGGUACUUCCCUUUCCAGAAAUCUUACUGGUUUGGAUAUUCUUAUAAAUAUACUCAAGAUGUUUCAAUGCAUAAAACCCCAAAUGUAGAACUUUCUCGAGAAGUUUCAGGAAAAAUUGAAAAAGUUCCUAACACCUUCAAAGUUGGUGUUGAAUUAAAGGAUUUAAAGAAAGUUUACAAAAAAGGACAGCAGCCAGCUGUUGAUGGUCUAAGUCUCAAGUUUUAUGAGGGACAAAUUACAUCGUUUGGCCACAAUGGAGCUGGUAAAACCACAACUGUAGCAAUUUUAACUGGUCUAUUUCCUCCAACUGAUGGAACUGCAAUUAUUUAUGGCAAGGAUGUCAGAUCUGAUAUUGAUGACAUCCGAAAAAAUCUCUCAGUCUGUCCUCAGUUUAACGUUUUAUUUGACUUGUUAACUGUUGAGGAACAUCUGUGGUUCUAUGCAAAAUUGAGAGGAAGAAAGUCAAAGUAUCUUUCUGUUGAGAUAGAUAAAAUGAUGCAUGAUGUUGGCUUGUUACAUAAAAGAAAAGAGCUUAGCAAGAAUCUUUCAGGUGGAAUGAAGCGUAAGCUUUCAGUAGCCAUUUCUUUUAUUGGUGGUUCUAAAACUGUUAUACUUGAUGAGCCAACUGCAGGAGUAGACCCUAGCUCUCGGAGAGAUAUCUGGGACAUUCUUCUAAAAUACAGACAAGAUCGUACAAUCAUCUUAACUACACAUCAUAUGGAUGAAGCUGACAUUUUGGGAGAUCGAAUUGCAAUUAUAUCAAAUGGAAAGUUACAGUGUUGUGGUUCAAGUUUAUUUCUUAAAAAACAAUAUAUUGAUGGCUAUUAUCUAACAAUUGUGAAGACAGAAAACAAAGAAGAUUCAGAUAAGAAAAAUGAAAAGAUUCCAAGCCUGGAUUUAUCAAAUUCAAGCAGUUGUCCAUCCUUUAAAAGUGCUGUGUCAAGACCAUUAAGUAGCCCUGAAUCAGUCAAUGAGUUUAUCCCAUCAGUCAAAUCUGAAGAGAAAAUACCUGCUGAUCUAUCAAGUUUUAAUGAUCAAGACAAUUCCUUGAAAAAAGACUCUCCAUUAUCAGACUAUGCUGAAAGUCUUUCAACUCCUGGAUUUUCAAAAGAUCGGCUGGUAGCUUUCAUAAAGAAGUAUGUACCAAAUUCGGAAUUAAUUGAAGAUAUUGGCACUGAGAUUUGUUUUCAACUCAUCAAUGAUGAAGAAGCUAACUUUGAAGAAUUGUUUACCUCUUUGGAAUUAAACUAUGCUGAUCUUGGCAUUUCAACUUAUGGAAUAUCUGAUACUACCUUAGAAGAAGUAUUUUUGAAGGUAACUGAAGGCUGCUUUGAAAGAGAAAAUAUUGAAUCUUAUGAAUUAGAGAAUACAGAUGCUGGAAUCUUGCCUCGAUCAAUUAACAGAGAUAGCUUCAGAAGAGGUUUGAAAAAUAGACUCUUCAAAACGAAAGAUUCUGAAAAACCAGAUGAUAAAGUUGUAUUAGAUCAAGAAACAAAGGACGAGAUGGAAACCUGUCAGGGCGAAGGAUCCUACAAAGUUACCGGUUGGCAAUUAACCUUCCAACAAUUCAUAGCACUUCUAAAGAAAAGAUUCCAUUACCAGCGCAGAAGUAAGAAGGGCUUCAUCUGUGAAAUCUUAUUACCUGCUGCUUUUGUUUUGCUUGCCAUGAUUCUGGCUAUGAUAAUUCCCACAUACAGUGAGGAACCACCAUUAAUUCUCCAUCCAUGGCAUUAUGUUCCUGCUGAAAAUGAUCGUCACUUAUAUAUGUUUUUUACUAAUGAUGCUCCAUAUAGCAAUAUUACACAAAAUUUGGAACAACUGUUAUUGUCAAGAGUUGGAAUUGGUAACAGAUGUAUGAACAAAAGUAUAUAUUCACUUGAUGAAUACCCUUGUCAGUAUAAAACUUCUCACUGGACUUCUUCCAACCUUAUGCCAGACACAUUAAUAAACUGCUCUUGUGAAACCGGAGUACAGAUCUGUCCUAAAGAUCCAGCCUAUCCUCAACCCCCUUCAAAACUUAUAUCUGAAACAGAUAUCAUGUAUAACAUGACUGGACGUAAUAUCUCUGAUUGGAUUGUAAAAACAACUAUGGAAUAUGUUAAAAAACGUUAUGGUGGCUUCAGUUUCGGUGAAGUGAACUCUUUAAAAUCACUGAAUAAAUCCGAGAUUACAAGUUUUAUAGACAGACUUGCCCGUAACUCAUCCAGCAACUUUGCAACAAAUGACACAAUCUGGAAAAGUGUUGAAAGCUUAUUAGAAGGAUUAAUCACAAAGAAUGUUGCCAAGGUCUGGUUCAAUAACAAAGGUUGGGCAUCAGCUCCUAUUUAUGUAAAUAUAAUGAAUAAUAUUGUCCUAAGAAGUUCCUUACCACCUGGAGCAAAGAUGCAAAAUUAUGGCAUUACAACAAUUAAUCAUCCAAUGGCUUUGACCAAAAAACAACUGACUGAGGAGAAUGUGGUUGCCAGUGUGAUUGAUGUUCUUAUUGCUAUUGGUGUGCUAUUUGCAUUAUCAUUUGUCCCAGCCAGCUUUACACUAUUUCUGAUUGAAGAACGUAAAACUAAUGCUAAACAUUUACAGAUGGUUUGUGGCACCAAUUAUAAAAUCUAUUGGCUUGCAGCAAUCACUUGGGAUUUGAUAAACUAUUGUAUCCCUGCUCUCCUCUGCAUUCUGAUAUUUCUGGCUUUUGAUCAGCAAGCAUAUGUUUCAUCUACCAAUUUACCAUGUUUGAUUGCUUUGUUGUUUCUCUAUGGAUGGGCUAUAAUUCCUAUGAUGUACCCAUUCGCUCGCUUCUUUGACAUUCCGAGUACAGCAUUUGUUGCACUGUCUUGUACCAAUGUCUUUCUGGGUACAAUAACGACAUUAGCUACCUUUAUCUUGGAAAUGUUACAGAAUGAUGAUGAGGAAUUAAGGCAUGUAAAUGAUAUUCUGAAGAAAGUAUUUUUGUUGCUGCCUCAAUAUUGCUUUGGGCGAGGACUUGUACAAAUGGCUCAAGAUCAAUUAAUAUAUGAAGUCAGUGAAAGGUUUGGUGAAAUGGUGUACUUAAAUCCAUUUGAAUGGAACAAAAUUGGUCAGAAUCUUUUUGCAAUGUUUAUCCUGGGAAUUAUCUUCUUUAUUAUAACUCUUCUUAUGGAAUACCCUUUCUGGAAAAAAUUCUGGAAACCCAAGCUUAUCAGUGCGCCAUCUAUUCCCGAAGACAUAGAUGUUAAACAAGAGCGAGAAAAAGUGAUGUUUAAUAAAACCACAGAUGAUAUCUUAGUCAUAAAAAAUCUAACAAAGGUUUAUACUGGUUAUAGAAAGAAACAACUUGCAGUUGAUCGUUUAUGCAUAAGUGUUCCUAAAGGACAGUGUUUUGGCCUGCUUGGAGUCAAUGGUGCUGGUAAAACAACUACAUUUAAGAUGCUGACUGGUGAAAUUAGUCCUACUUUUGGGGAUGCAUAUAUCAAUGGUCAUAGCAUCAAAACCGAUAUAAACCAAGUUUACCAGAGCAUAAGUUAUUGUCCUCAGUUUGAUGCUUUAAAUUCUUUAUUAACUGGUCGAGAACAUUUGGAGCUUUAUGCCAGACUCCGGGGAAUACCAGAAAAAGAAGUUAAACAGGUAGCCAACUGGGCAAUAAAUAAAUUAGAUUUAACUAAAUAUGCUGACAAACCUUCACAGACAUACUCAGGUGGAAAUAAGCGAAAGUUGUCAACAGCAAUUGCCUUAAUUGGGAACCCAAACAUAAUUUUCUUGGAUGAACCAACUUCUGGCAUGGACCCUAAAGCCCGGAGAUAUUUGUGGAAUUGCAUCAACAGUCUUGUAAAAAGUGGACGAUCUAUAAUUUUAACGUCACACAGUAUGGAAGAGUGUGAAGCUCUAUGUGGAAAAAUUGCUAUAAUGGUAAAUGGUAGGUUCCAGUGCCUUGGAAGUGUACAACAUUUAAAAAAUAGAUUUGGUGAUGGCUAUUUGCUAUCUAUAAGACUGAUCGGCCAGCAUCCUGAUCUUCAACCUGUGAUGAAAUACAUAACAGAGCAUUUCCCACAUGCAGUUUGCAAACAAAAACAUUACAACAUGUUAAGUUAUCAAUUGGGUAUUAAAGAAGUCUCUUUAUCAAAGAUAUUUUGCAUAAUGGAGAAUAUGAAAUCUCAAAUGAAUAUUGAGGAAUACUCAGUUACACAGACAACACUUGAUCAGGUGUUCAUAAAUUUUGCAAAUUCACAGUCAAGUACAAUCGAAACAGAAAUUGAUAUGCAUGCAGAUUUGAAGUUUGUUGCAGAAAAAUAUGGCAACUCACCGCAAGCCAGCUCAAGGCUUGUUGGUGAGACCAUCCCCCUCUCUAAUUUGGCAUGGUAUGAUGCAUGUGAUAGCUAGUAUCUACCUUCACUUAACCCUAUGUCCAUACUAUUGUCCUAGUCAUUCAAGAGACAC